AGUACCCAUCCUCUCUUUCCUUCUUUCAUGCUAUUCCUCUUAUUCACUUCAGAGUUCAGACUCCAGCAUCAGUCUUCUUCCGGUAUUAGUCUCCGAGUGCCAACUACUGCCGACUCUCUACUGAAAAAGGUCUAGAGCAGUCCAAGCCUCAGGAACAUCAUUUGGUGGGACUAGGGAAAACUGUACUGUCUGUACGUUGUAAUCUCAAUUGGAAUUCUUAUAACUUACUUAUCAGUGUCAUAUCCGUUUAAGGAGAACGAAAGAUAUAGAAACGAUGGAGAUGGAGUCAGAAACAGCCCUAAGGCUUGUGAAGAGCGGCGUAACUCUUCUCCUUCUCGAUGUCCCCCAGUUUACUCUCGUCGGCAUUGAUACUCAGAUGUUCUCUGUUGGGCCUGCCUUUAAGGGAAUCAAGAUGAUUCCUCCUGGUCCUCAUUUCAUCUACUACAGCUCUUCUAACAAAGAAGGCAUCGAAUUCUCAACAGUAAUUGGCUUUUUCAUAGAUGCAAGCCCAUCAGAGGUGGUUGUUCGCAAAUGGGAUCAAGUGGAAGAAAGGUUUCAUAGACUGUCAGAAGACGAGGAAGAGAGAUUUAGUCAAGCGGUAAGAAACAUGGAGUUUGAUAGACAUCUUGGACCAUAUACACUCAACCAGUAUGGUGACUGGAAGCGCUUGUCUAAUUACAUCACAAAGAGUGUUAUAGAAAAGAUUGAGCCCAUUGGAAGGGAAAUCUCAGUUGAAUGUGAGCCCGAUAUAGCUCAGAGUAUAUUACAAACACCUGGUGAGAAAACUUUGGGUGAGCAGUUGAAAAGCACAAAGUCUUCCAUGGUAGUUAAUGAGCCUCAAAAGAAAAGCUGUUAUUAUACUCCAAUUCCCCAUCUUGUCAAGCACAAAGGAAUCCAAGGACAAGAGCUCACUUCUCUGAAUCUUGAUAAGACACAAUUGCUAGAGAGCAUCCUAAUGAAAGAAUAUGGAGGUUCAGAAGACUUAAUUCUUGGUGAGCUACAAUUUGCAUUUGUAGCAUUUCUGAUGGGACAAUCACUUGAAGCAUUUAUGCAAUGGAAAUCACUGAUUUGCCUCUUUUUUGGAUGUUAUGAAGCUCCUCUUCAUACAAGGAGUCAGCUUUUCACCAAGUUCAUUAAUGUUAUUUAUUAUCAACUGAAGCAUGGGUUACAAAAGCAGGCAGAUGCCAGGGGUACUACAGGCAAUAGUAUGCUUCCAUUGUUGGAUGAAUCUUGGUUAAGUUCUGAAAGCUUUCUAUAUCAUCUUUGCAAGGAUUUCUUUUCAUUGGUGAUGGAAGCAGUAGUUAUUGACGGGGAUCUCUUAUCAUGGACAAGGAGUUUGAAACAGCUGCUAGAGGACACGCUCGGUUGGGAGUUCCAGCAGGGAAACGCUCUAGAUUUCAAUGACGAUGAUGAGUUUGCUCCAGUAGUUGUAAUGGAUGUUUGAGGAUACAAUAUUAGGAAGAUGUGAUGGUGACUGUGCUACACAAAACAGGGAAGAAUGGAAUGCGAACUACAUUUUAAAGUGUACAUUUUAAAUGAAGUCCAUGGCUAUUAAUAGCAUUUGUUGUCGUCUGUCAAGCCUCCAUAUGUAUUUUGUUCAGCUGUUGUCUAGCUUUGCGAGAGUUGUUAAGAAACAAUAUUUAGAUGAGGAAUUGUCUAUAAAGUUGCCAGUUUUCAAAUGUUG